CAUGCCCAAUUCGAGUCUGGGUGACGUAUCUCCAUUAGGUAGAUAGUGCUGUGACGUUGCAAGGCUUUGGCUGUAGUGGUUUCUAGCUGCAUCAAGUUGUUGACGGUCGGUAGAACGGAGGAGAACCGUGUGAAGAGGAUUCCAAACGACCUCAUUCAGGCAGGUCUUUUUAAACGGGUUUCGGAAGCAGACAGAGAGACAGACAGACCGAAUCAACAGUCUGAAUAGAAACCCAUCAGUCUCCACCAUGCACCUUUCUGAACACCAGAAGAUCUGGAACAUUUAAGACGAGAAGAGAACUAGCCAAACAUUAACUGAAAGGGUUCUAUAAAUCCAAGGGAAGGUGGGAGUGGAAAUAGACAGACCUUUCUUCUCUAUUGACUCCGAUAUGGCCAGUACUCAGACGAGUCUGAAAACCCCAUUCAAAGACCUGGCUUCGUUCAAGGGCAACAUGAAGCGACUGUACCGCGAGAGGCUAGAGGAUGCGCCAAUCAAGAAGAGGCUGAUGGCUGAGAUGAACCUGAAGCGCCGCAACCUGGAUGCCCUGCCCGCCCUGCCCCGGGCCUCCAAGGUGAAGAGGGAGGUUGUGGAGGAGCCCAGCCAGCACCAGGAGCCAGCCCGAGGCAUGGAUCGAUCUGUAGAGUUGGACAGUAGAGGGGAGCUCCAGGUAUGUGGUGCCAAAGCUCUGGAUCUCAGCCCCGGGCUGAAACACACGCUGGCAGCCUUCACCCUCAGCAGCCAGAGCUCAUUGGGGGGCCCGGCAGCCUUCUCUGCCCGUGCCGGUCAUGAAGCCUCUUCCUCCCCUGGGGUCGGCUCUGGUCCCCGCCAAGGCAUGACCCCUAUAACCUCCCCCCCGGUGCUGGGAGGGGGCCCACUGCUGGUACCCAGUGACAGCUCCACGGAGCUUAGCCACUCCUCCCUGGAGGGGGAGUCAAUUUCCUGCUUCACCGUUGGCGGGGAGAAGCGCCUUUGCCUCCCGCAGGUGCUCAACUCCGUGCUCCGCGACUUCUCCUUGCAGCAGAUCAACGCCGUGUGUGACGAGCUCUAUGUGUACUGCUCGCGCUGUGACGGCGAGCAGCUCCACAUCCUCAAGGUGCUGGGCAUUCUGCCCUUCAACGCCCCGUCCUGCGGCCUCAUCACCCUGACCGACGCCCAGCGCCUCUGCAACGCCCUGCUCCGCCCAGGCGCCGCGCUGCCUUCCGACUCCGGCGGCAAGCUGUCCGGCCAGGGGCUCCUCAAGGAAACGGAGGCCAGCUUUCAGGUGGAGCACCAGUGUCUGGGCAAAUGCCAGGGCCUGUUUGUGCCCCAGUUCUAUGCCCAGCCCGAGGCGCCCUGCAUUCAGUGCGUCGAGUGCCAGCUGCUCUUCUCGCCGCAGAAGUUCGUGAUGCACUCUCACAGGUCACCGGACAAGAGGACCUGUCACUGGGGCUUUGACUCGGCCAAGUGGCCGUACUACCUGCAGCUGGGGAGGAAGUAUCUGGGUACCGCAGAGGAGCCGCGGCUCAAACAGCUACUGGAGGACAUGAAGGACAAGUUCCACUACAACAGGACCAGCGAUAAGAAGGUGGAUGAUGAAGACCGGGACGAGGACAGCCAGGUGAGGAGGUCGCCAUCUCCUGAUCCUCUGGUGUCUCCGAACAGCAAACUGGUUGACAGCAGCAGAACAACCAAGGCUGAAACCAACGCCACUCUGGUGUUCAACCGUCUGUUCCCUCCCAUCAAGGAAGAGCCGGGCCACGCCCCCAUGGUCCAUCCCAGUUACUUCCUGUAUACGUAUGAUAAGAUGGUGGCCCCAAAUGUUUCUCUGAGAGGUCAGCCAGAGGUCAGCCCCGAGGUUCUGGGUGCGCUGCUCAAACAUCACUACAGCAGAAGACUGACCCAUGACCAUGAUGAAGCUGCUCUGGAUCUCCACGCCUCACCCCCUGCUCCUCCUGGAGUCCACCAGGCCAAGUCUCAGCAACGAGUGUUUGCUGACCGGGAGCGCCAGCAGCCAGUUUCCAUGGAGACCAGCCCCUGCAACAAGAGUUGUUCUGCGGUAGCAGUUCCCACGGUGAUAGCGGCGGUAGAUCCAGCAGCAGCGUCACUGGAAAGUAAAGAUGUUCUGUCUUCAGGCUGUGAGGACGAUAAAGACAGGAUCGUAGUGGAGAUCGUUCAGAUGUACAGCCGACAGCAGGAGAAGCUGCACUCCACCCUGCACAAACAGCUACAGCUAGAGAUGGAGUUGGAGGCGCUGCGUGGAGGCGAGGCGGCACGGCUGCAGCAGCUGUCUGCAGAGCAGUGUGCACUGCAGAGUGAACUGGAGGCAGUCCACACUGAGCAUGCUCAGAGACUGGGGCAGGUGAGGGAGGAGCAGAGGGACCUGGAGAACCGGCUGGAACAGUUGCGGCAGCAGAGCUGUGUGUGUAACAACGACACACACACACACCAGGAGGCGCACUACGCUAACCAGUUGGCGGAGCUGCGUGGGAGGUUGGACCGGGCAGAGGCUGACAGGGAGGAGCUCCAGGAGGAGCUGAGGAGGGAGCGGGACGCCCGGGAGGCGCUGGAGAGGAUCAUCUCUCAGCUUAAACAGCAGAUGGCCCAGACAGCCCCCCGUUCCUCUGCCUCCUCCGUCACUACACAGAGCCCCUCCCCACCCCCCACCCCCUCCACACACACCCCAAACUCGGAGGGACACGUCACAGGUCCUGAGCUGCCGAACAGCCAGAAGUAACCCCGUCACCAAAUGCCCCCACCUUCCUCUAUUA